UUGUGAUCUGAGAGGCAGGGGGUCCUGAUAGUUGUUUGCUUGGCGAUCUCAUACCUGUUCAGAUUGAUAACAGAUGCCGGACUGAGAGAGUCCGCGAUCAAUUCAGGGUGAGAAGCGAGCAAAACAACUAUGAAGAGAGAUGAGGUGAUUUUAGCCAUUCUCUUCGUUGCCAUAGUGGCGGCAUUUUGGAGAGCAAACGCAGGGAACCUAGCUCUUCGCCAGCCCACUGCAUCCUUGAAUAUAUGGGAAGGCAGAGCACCUCCUCACCUCGCUGUGGAUGGGGUUAACAUGUCGAAUUUUUUCACUGGGUCUACCAUCUGGUGCUUUGGGACCUCCCCAGACCCUACUCACGGAGGGUGGUGGCGGGUGGACCUCGGACGGACCCACGUGGUGGACGAAGUGUUUAUCAUAUCAAGGGGAGAUUGUUGCCCAGAGAGACUGGCAGGACUGGAAGUCAGAGUUGGAGACAGCCUGGUGAAUAACGGAAUAGAGAACCCCAUGUGUGGAAGUAAGAUAACCACGGGACCUAUCAACAAGCCCAUCUACUGCAGUCCGGGUCUGCGAGGUCGCUAUGUCGUACUAUACAUCCCUGGAGUGAAUAACAGACUUGAGAUAUGCGAGGUCAUGGUGAACCGGAACCCGACAGUGAAUCUUGAGUUGAAAAAACCUACGACCCAGAUUUCUCUUUAUGGUGCCGGCGAUGCUUCACGAGCUGUUGAUGGGAACACUGACGGGAUCUUUGCCAGAGGGAGCUGUACGCACACUUCUGCGCAUACUAAUCCCUGGUGGCGCGUGGACCUGGGCACUACUCAUCCAGUCUCGGAAGUGUUCCUGGUGAAUCGUGUGAAAGAUUCAGAGAGAUUGCAAAAUGCUGAAGUCAGAGUUGGAGACUCUCUGACCGAUAACAGCAACACCAAUCCUCGCUGUGGAGACAUGUUCUCCAUGGCAACACUGCAGAAGCUAUCCAUCUACUGCAAGCCGAGGAGAUCAGGACGCUAUGUGAACGUGCGUCUGGUGGGAGCUAAUAUGGUUUUCACCCUGUGUGAGGUGGAGGUGUACUCCGAGAGCAAAGCUGUGAUCCUCAACAAACCCCCACCACCGGAGGUGCCUGAAAUCUACGACAUUCAAGCUACUUUUGCAAACUUUACAUGCCCCGAGGCGUUUGGGUACCCUGUGCCAGAUGUAGCCUGGGUACUAAAUGGCAAAGUUUACCAAAACGGUUCUAGUCGUCAUUUUCGGACACCAGCCUUGGAGGGUGUGGCGUAUGGGGACUUGACAUUGGAGUGCAUCGUGUCCAACAAACACGGCUCUGACUUCUACCAGUUUCCUGUUCACCAUCUCAGUCACCUCAUGAUGUGUCGAGAUCACCAGACCAAAAAUCAUCCCACACGAGAUGCCACAUAUAAAGUCACAGGGAGCUUUAGCAACGACGGUGAUAUCAAUGAGACGAAAUGGCGGCGAUACGAAGCGGGGUCAGCACCCAUGCAGCUCGCCGAGUCGUGCGUACCUACCCAUCGCUGCAACACCAAGGCCACCGGAUGGAUGACGGAACCUCAUCCCAGCGCCCGCGAUGGCGUGGUACAGCGGACAGUGUGUUUUCACUGGGACGAUGAUUGCUGCCGUUAUCAGACGCAAAUCUUUGUCCGCCGUUGCCAUGGAUUCUACGUCUACAGACUUAAAGCGCUGAAGUUUGCUGUGGAGGCAAGAUACUGCACUAGAGCACUUGUGACACCAUACGAUGAAAGCAUCUUGAUGUCCCAGUACAUAUCCUCAUCCGGUUACGACAACUACGCGUUACGAAGUCACGCAGUCGCCAUAGAGCAAGAUGUCACGGUGGAAGAUUGCGUUAUGUUCUGCAUGUUGGAUUGCAGGUGUCAAUCACUAAACUACAAUACAAGCAGCCAAACUUGCGAGAUCAACAACUCGACCAGACACGAGAGCGAAGAUGAUGUUACAUUGAGAGCAGGAGUGCUCCAUUACGAGUCUGUACAGUUUAUACAAUUCAACGAUUAGAUGCGUGUGGUGUCGGUGAUAAUGUGUUUGAUGUCAACGAUUAGAAGCGGGUGAUGUACGACAGUAAAACAAUCCCAGAAUACACUAGGGUGAAGAGGGCUCCUCUGCGAGGCUGAACUAGUUUAACACUCUGACAAGUAAUUGCGUGAUAUCAACAAUGCGUGUGGUACACGGGCCGUAGCGGUGCCGGAAGUAAUGAUGACUGAUUUAGAUGAUGUUUACACUGGGCGUAGCGGUGCCAGUAGUAAUGAUGACUGAUUUAGAUGAUGUUUACACUGGGCGUAGCGGUGCCAGUAGUAAUGAUGACUGAUUUAGAUGAUGUUUACACUGGGCGUAGCGGUGCCAGGAGUAAUGAUGACUGAUUUAGAUACUGUUUACACUGGACGUAGCGGUGCCAGGAGUAAUGAUGACUGAUUUAGAUGAUGUUUACACUGGGCGUAGCGGUGCCAGGAGUAAUGAUGACUGUUUUAGAUGCUGUUUACACUGGCCGUAGCGGUGCCAAGAGUAAUGAUGACUGAUUUAGAUGCUGUUUACACGGGCCGCUGCGGUGCCAGGUGUAAUGAUGACUGAUUUAGAUGAUGUUUACACUGGGCGUAGCGGUGCCAGUACUAAUGAUGACUGAUUUAGAUGCUGUUUACACUGGCCGUAGCGGUGCCAGGAGUAAUGCUGAUUGAUUUAGAUGCUGUUUAUACUGGACGUAGCGGUGCCAGUAGUAAUGAUGACUGAUUUAGAUGAUGUUUACACUGGGCGUAGCGGUGCCAGGAGUAAUGAUGACUGAUUUAGAUGCUGUUUACACUGGGCGUAGCGGUGCCAGUAGUAAUGAUGACUGAUUUAGAUACUGUUUAAACUGAACGUAGCGGUGCCAGAAGUAAUGAUGACUGGUGCUGGCGCUAUUCGAAAAAGGCGUAGCGGUUCCAGGAGUAAUGCUGAUUGAUUUAGAUGCUGUUUAAACUGGACGUAGCAGUGCCAGUAGUAAUGAUGACUGAUUUAGAUGAUGUUUACACUGGACGUAGCGGUGCCAGUAGUAAUGAUGACUGAUUUAGAUGCUGUUUACACUGGGCGUAGCGGUGCCAGUAGUAAUGAUGACUGAUUUAGAUGAUGUUUAAACUGGACGUAGCAGUGCCAGUAGUAAUGAUGACUGAUUUAGAUACUGUUUACACUGGGAGGGCCCCCGAAUGGUCUUUGGCGAGCACCCCGUUUUUUAUGCAAGACCGAGCAUUUUUAGUCGGAAAAAAAUUGCGCGAGCAUGCGAGCAUUAGCCGAAAACUGCGAGCACAUCGAAAUUUCGGGGGAUCAUUCGGGGGCAAUACUGGGCGUAGCAGUGCCAGAGGUAAUGAUGAGUGAUGCUUGUGCUGUUAACACGGGCCGUAGCGGUGCCAGGAGUAAUGCUAACUGGUUCUGGUGCUAUUUAAAAGGGGCGUAGAGGGGCUAGGAGUAAUGCUGACUGAUGCUUGCGCCCCUAGAUCCCCUAAAACUACCUGUAUCAGUCAACACAAAAAGCUGUUAAAUGUUGGCUCCGCUUAUAGGCAGUGCCUGAAUCUAUAUAUUACGAGGCUUAGCGGUGCCAGGUGUAAAACUGGUUGAUACUGGCCCUCCCAGCACGCCACCUCUCCGUAAGGCGCUGACUAAUCAAAAUGCACUAAAUGCAAUUUUUUCAAAGCUUAAAGCAGUAUACCGACAAAUUUGAUUUAAAUUCCCUUUUAAAUUGAAAAAAUUAUAAUCAUCACAGUAUUGAAUAAUUGUUCAACAGAACUACCUCAGUAUGUUAGUAGGUGGUAAUCA